AUGGCGCCCCAAAACGGCAAUAUGAAGACUCGCCGAAAUGGCGGGAGCAAGCUCUCUCAGUCCUCCAAGCCUGUCAUGCCUGCUAUCCCACUGCCCUAUGUGAAGCGUCAGGCCGCUUCUGCUGCUGCUCGUGCCAAUGCUGUCCCCGUUUCCUCAAGUGCUGCCUCCACCACGAUCCAGGAACCGGAUGUGCGCUCUCCCAUUGAGGUGAAGCAUGUAAAUGGUAACGUGUCUGCUGAGGCUAAGAAGGAUGAUUCUGUGGCUACGGUCCCAAGCACAAUUGCUAGUCGAACUUCGACCUCCAAAGCUGAGGAGGUGGCCGAAACAAAGGCAGACGCUCACGAAGAAACAAAGAACGGCGCUUCUGAGCCGACCAACACCCAGGCUUCUUCUCCCGCAUCUGGUCCUGAACAUCCUCCCACUAUCAACGAGAGCGAGAACAUCCACAAAAACCCCGUGGUCUCAGGCCAUUCUGAUCAGCCCACCCCCAAGAACCAGGUCGAUGUUGAGGCUCGAUCAGUCGACAAGGUUUCAAGCGGAGUGAACGAGAAGCCCAAUGGUGUUUCAAGCAAGAGCGAGAUCAAAACUCUGUCUGGUAGGCAACCAUACUCACACUUUUUUCAAGCCCUUCCAAAUUCUCAUAACUCGAAUUUAGACAACCAUCCACCUUCAAAACCCAACAAGGGCCGACCUCCUUCUGCUGUCCCACCGGGCCGAUACCAGAUGCCCCCUUCCUUUCAGCCUGCUGCUCGACCUAUGGGACCAAACGUGAACGGCGAUAUGCGUGGCCAUCGCGCUCCUCUGCCUAAUGGCCCGCCAAUGCACCAGCCUCAUCACAGCAAUGGCAGCAUCCAUUUUGGCGCUUUCCACGGUUCGACGAGCUCCUCUCCUGCUCCUCCAUCCGGUGGUAUUGCCCCUCCUCCCGGUAUGACAGGUCCUGAUGGUCGACCCUACAUGGCCCCUGGUGCCAACGGCUUUCCCCCUAUGAUGCCGUAUGGCGCAGAACAGGUUCCAGUUACUACUUUCGAUAACUACGGAAGACCUACUAUGGCUUACGGACCGAUGGACUCUUUUCCCCCCUUCCCUAACAGUUUUGGCCCCCCAACCCCACACAGCUAUCAUGAUUCGCAGGCAUCAGGUCCUCCCGACGAUGGUAGUGUCUACAACCAGUUUUCUUCAGCUCCAGCGCGAAACGGCGUACCUGCUUCAGAUGAGACUCAGUCUCCCAACCAGCCAGGCAGAAUGUUCGGUGGUCCCGAGUAUCCGCGAAUGAUGCCGAAUGCCGGACCUCCCCCGCACAUGAUGUCUUCAAUGGAGGGUGCUGAAGGUCUGAUUGGUCAUUUGGUGCAACAGUUUUCAUCUCCCGAAUUUGCUGACUGCGUUUUGGAGCUUCGAUACGCGGAUGAAAGAGCUCCUCCAGUUCGCAUUCCCGGCCACCGAGUCAUCCUUUCUCGCAGUACCGAGCUCGCAAAUGGCAUCGCUAAGCAGUCCCGAUCUAACCCCAAUGAUCCAUCUCUUCCCACCAUCCUUCUCGAGACCAAGAGCAAGUGGAUUCAAUCCAACUCGUUCUAUAUGGCCGUUCACUGUCUUUACGGAUGGCCACUCUUGGACCCUGCUGCCGAGGGCAUGAAGCAAGCUGCGGCUGAUUAUAACCAGUUGAUUGACCGGUUCGAAUUUGCUCUUUCGUAUGCUGCAGCCGGCCAUCUCCUCCGCUGGGAUCCGGUCAUGCGACGCGGUUGCGAGGUUGCUGUGCAACUUCUGACCUGGCAGACAGUUGAGAAGGCUUUGGAGUUUGCCCUGGAGGACCACCGAGACGAGGGGUCUUAUGAUGUGUUCAAGUACGGCGAUGGAUCUCGAGCUAUUCUCAACGAGAUCGUUUCUUUCAUCGCAAGCAACACCAGCCCUACUUUCAAGAUUGACACUUCAGUGACGGACACGUCUAGCUACGCUCGUCUUCCUCAAACUGCCCUGACUAGCAAUGCCAGUACCCGCAAGCUUUCACCCCCACCCAUUGCUCGAGGCACAUCUGUGCAUCUUGGCAAGGGCAAGGGGCGUCUCUCUCAACAGAUUUCUGGCAUUCAGUUCGGUGAUCUUUCUUUGACAGACGGCAAGGUCUCGCCAGCUUCGGAUGCUUCAGGCGGUUCGCAGCAACGAACUCCUUUCAAUGCAGUACUUUCUCGGAUUCUCCUUAACCUUCCAUUCGAAACUCUUAAAGCACUGCUCGAGGCUGCGACUAACAAGGCCAACGGAUGGCCAAAUGCCGAGGCGAUCUACCGCGUGGUCAAAGACACAGUAGCUGAGAGAGAGCGACGUCGGCUUCAGAUCGUUGAACUGGUCAAGACCCACCAGGUCACAGCCUGGGCCGUCAUUACCCAACAGCUCUCCAGUCCUGAGCCGAGAUACGUCGGUCUCUGGAGUGCGCUGGGCUGGCGCGAGGAGAUUUUGCCUUUUGGACCCUCAGAGAGCCCGGCCCUUGGUCGGACCUGGGUUCCCUUCGUGGGCCUUCAAGCAAGCACUCAAGCAGCUUACCCCUAA